AUGGCUCUUUUGUAUCUAUUCUCAUUAUACAAUCAUUGGACCGUUCUGGAACUGGACAGGAAUUCCGGUCUACAAGUGACUUCUGUGAUUCCGCUUCCCCCCACACUCUUUCUUUCUUUCUUUCUUUCUUUCUUUCAUUCUUUCUUUCUUUCUUUCCCUCUCUUUCUUUCUCUUUCACUCUUUUUCUUUCUUUCUUUCUUUUUUCUUCCUCUCUUUCUUUCUUUUUUAUUUUAUUUCUUUCUGUCUUUCUUUUUUCUCUUCCUCUCUUUCUCUUCAUCUCUUUAUUUCUCUUCCUCUCUUUCUUUCUUUCUUUUUACUUUUCCUCUCUUUCUUUCUCUUUCGCUCUUUUUCUUUCUUUCUCUCUGUCUUUCUUUCUCUCUUCCUCUCCUUCUCUCCCUCUCUUUGUUUAUCAUCCUUUCCUUUUCUUUCUUUCUUUUUUACUUCCUCUCUUUCUGUCUCUUUCUCUAUUUUAUUUCUUUAUUUGCUUUUCUUCUUUCUCUUCCUCUAUUUUUCUUUUUUCUUCAUCUGUCGUUUUUUCGCUGUUUUUCUUUUUUUUCUUUUCCUCUCUUUCUUUCUAUUUUCUCUCUUUCUGUUUCUUUCUCUUCAAAUUUAUCCCUGUAUCUACUGUUAUUUUCUUUCUCACUCACUCUCCCUGCUUCUCUCUCUCUUUUCUUCUUCUUUUUCUUUUCCCCUCUUUCUUUUCUCUCGCUGUCUUUCUUUCCUUAUGCUUUGCUCUCCUUCACUUUCCCCUCUCACUUUCAAAUAAUCAAUAAUCAACUUCCAAUCCACACUUUCUUUCUUUCUUUCUUUCUGUUUUUCUUUAAUUCUUUACUCUUUCUCUAUUUCUUUCUCCACCCUCCUCUUCCAUUUUCUACUCCUCUUUUUCACCUCUAA